AUGCCAGUCACAAUUAAGCCAUCUAGUGACAACGCCGAGAUCAUUGCUCCUUGUCCAUGGCUGGAUGAUCUCCAAGAAGUUCUUCGUCUUCUUGCCCAAGAGUCUGGCAAACUGAUUCAAUCUUCAUUUGAUAAUGGUGUCAUCUCUCCUGGAAUGUUUUUCAGCGUAUACGUUAAUGCUCAUACACAAGAGCUUCGAGACCACUUUGUUGAAUACAUAGGCAAGCAAGAUCUGACUACUACAUACGGUGGUGUCACCGGAUACACUGUGAAUAUCACAAAUUUCACCACGCGGAUCAACAAGGUUAUCUCCGAGAAUGUUGUCCAUACUGAGUUAUGCGGUUGGAUCCGGCCCAACGUCAGUCCGACCACCAAAUACCACGUUGUAGUAGCCUCAAUCGCCAUAAAAAAAGCAUUCAGCCCUACUUCACUUAUGGCUCUACCGCAAUGUGUGGACUUCCAUCUGCCACGUUACUUGACACCGAUGAGGAUUAUGAAUUGA